AUGCUGGACAGGUCUCGUAAGGUUGUUGUGGUCGGAGAUGGCAUGGUCGGCAAGACUGCGUUGCUGCAAGCGUACGUACAAAAUAAAUUUCAAUCAGUAUACACGCCAACUGUAUUUGAGACCACGGCGAAAGAUGUCGAGUUGGCAGAUGGACGUCAAGUGACUCUUGGUCUAUGGGACACUGGAGGACAAGAGGAGUUCGAUCAAAUUCGCCAACUGGCAUAUCCGGGUGCCAGCUUAAUUUUAUUGUGCUAUGCAGUAGACUGUCCCACCAGUCUGGACAACAUUAUUCACACCUGGUUGGGCGAAGUACGUUCCUAUUGCCCGUCUGUUCCCUUGAUGUUGGUUGGAUGCAAGUCUGAUCGGCGCAUCGAAGUUCCGAGAAUGGCUGCCACCGAUCACUGGCAAAAUGCUAACCAGCUGCACUGCAUUGCACCUGAGCGAGCGGAAAGAGUGAGUAAGCAGAUCGGAGCCCAAAUCCAUUUAGAAUGUUCGGCUUUUAAUCGUUCAAACAUAGAGACGGUAUUCGAACUAGCUGCUCGGUUUAUCUUAGACUCCAGUGUGGAAAAAACCAGACGCUUAAGCCUACGCCGCAUGCUUUCAUUCAACCGAGAUAAAACGGCAAGUAACGGUAUCGCACUCCGAAACGACGUACGUGAUUCCAUUAUCCAUAAAAGAACCUUGAGAAAUAGCCAGUUAUGGUGCCUUUCUCGGCAGGCGUAG